CAGCACGUGACACCCUUCAUCUCGAACUCAAUCUUGACUACUCAUCAACAACGGCGCCCUUGUGAAACUUGGAUCAUUUUACAUCAAUUGAUCUGGUUCUUUAUUUCCCAUACGACCAUACCGAUUGGAACAAUAGCGCAACCAUGGCGCUUGUAGCGUACGACAGCAGUGACGAGGAUGAGGAUGUCCAAGUUGACACCCCGACUGUGCCACAAAACACCAAGAAUGACUCUUUUUCACAUCAAUCACAAAACGACGCCGGUACGCCCCCUCACGCUCAAGUCAAAUUUCCGCGCAAUGAGCCCAACAACAAUGAGAUGUCCCUCCGCGGUCGCUAACCCAUCCACAGUAACGACAUCAUCAUCAACAAUCACCAAUGGUCACAACGAGAGCACACUCUCACAACCAUCAGCACCACAACCGCCAGAGCCCUCAAACCAACCACCACCACCACCACAACAACAACCACAACCAGCCCCCUCGCCAUCAACACCCCUAGGCCCAGUCCUCGGUCCAGCCCUCGGCCCCUCCAUGCCCCCUCCCACGGGAGCCGCCUCAUCCAACACCCUCCUCCCCGACCCCGACUCCGACGUCGACAUGUCCUUCCUCGACGACCCCUCCACCUCCUCCACCGCCUUACCCUCUGCCCCUUCAGCAGAACCCCCCAAAUCCCCCUACACCACCACCCGCACCCUCCUCCGGGACCUCACCCUCCCCGCCCUUCCCAACAUGGACAUCCCCGCCUCGCCACCCCUUUCGCCUUCUGACAUCUCUUCGGUGGAACGCCUAGCGAGCCUAACCAGCAAAUUCGACAAGUUCCUCGAGCUCAAGCGCACCAAGGGACAGCACUUCAACUCGCGCAUCGCGCAGAGUGCAGCUACGAAGAACCCGGGGUUGAUGGAUAAGUUGAUGAGGUUUGUGGGGGUUGAGACGGAGUUUUGGUUUGAUGAUGAUGACGACAUUGCCGCCCAAAACGACAUCUCCUUGGACAAGGGCGCGGAGGUAGCGGCGCCGGCGCCGCCGGCUGGGGCAGAGCAAUACGCCACCACCCUGUCCAAGGAGGUAUGGGAUCCAUCUGCCAUGCCGGGGUGGGCGUAUAGAGAUCGGCUGCGCAAGACGCAGGAGAGGAUGCAGAGGGAGAGUGAGAGGAAGAGGGGGGAGAGAGUGGAGUUUGUUAGUGGAGGGUCCACGACGGCGAUGACGGGUAGUGGAAUGGCGAGUAGGACGGGGAGCGCGACGCCGCUGGGGAGUGUGGCUUAUCCUGGGGGGAUGAGCGGCGGGACGGGGACGGGGACGGGGACGCCGAGUGCUGGUGCUGGCGCUGGUACGACGGCUGGGGUGAAGAGGAAGUCGAGGUUUGAUACGUGAGGUGGGGGGCGCUCCGGAUUCUUGAUAUGUUUUCGUUGUGCCCGUAUGGAGUUCGAGGUGGCUAGAGGAUCUAAAUCGGAAUAAGAGUAUGCGA